UAUAAUAAUUAAUCAUUCUCUCUCUCUCUCUCUCUGUUUAUUUUAUUAUUUAUAAAAAAAUAUAUAGAGUAGCUUCUUAAGAGCUAAUGGGGUCCAGAUUAUUCGAUUUUGGAACUGUACUCACCAGGAUGAAGGAUUUAGUAAGGUCUGGUGUGGUCAAAAAGUGUCCAGUUUGGGUAGACGUGGUAGAAUCCCACCCUCCUCUCACGCCAAUGGCAGUCAAUGUUGCAUUUCAAAAAGGAAAACCGAAACAAAUAGUCUACGAUAAAGAUGUACUCAUGAAAGAUUACUUUGAUCAAUACAGAAGACAUGGUGAGACAGUGUCAUUAUUUGAAGAUCACAAGCAACCAACUGUUGCAGAAAAGUUUGUGGAGCAUCAGAUGUUUCUGCUUGGAGAGAAGAAACUAACAAAAGAAAACAAAGACAAGACAUCACUAGAGACAGUGGAACACAUGAAGGAGCAAUACCGUAUCACACUGUUAAAGAAAGACAAGGAUUACGCAAGAAAAGAAACGACGAGGAGACGUCAAGAGCUUGAAGAGAAACGACAAGAGGAAGAGAAUCUAGAUAAUCAAGAAAAUAGGAGCUGAAUGUAUCAAUGAAGAGGACAAUCCAUGAACAGAGUCAAUUACUCAACAUUGGUCUUUACUUGCUUGGUUAUAGUUGUAUAUUAAAUUAUUA